GCGUUACCGAUAUUGCGACUGUUGGUGUUGCUCGUGACUUCGAGAGUGACCAUCUACUGUACUAUGUAUGUCCAUCACUUGAGUGGCUCUGAUAGUGAGUCGACGCAGAAGAAUGACUGCCUAGCUUCACAUGAAGGGCGCACAACACCGCGUCCACACCAACGCGUCAAAGUUAGCUGCCCAUGCUGCAAUGCUUUCGAGAAUAUUCAAAACUUGUGCGGUAUUCCAGGAGUACAGCUUCAAGGGCCGAGUCCACCGAUUCAUUCACGUGAUUGUCGAUGUGGAGUGCUUCCCCAUUGUUCUGCAGUCCACACGUGGGAAUCGUUGGCUGACUCGACUUUCAAGAUGCUGAUGCUGGUGUUGGCAAUUUUGGGGCACUUGUUCUCCUUCACGACAGGGUAUGCGGCGGGAUAUCCCCCCAGAUGUCGAAAGCAGUUGAGGAUGAACCCUCCGUGCGUGAACACGGCAAUGCGCUUCGCAUGGCGAAAGGUCUCCGCUAUGAACUGCAGCGCCAGUGCAGCUCGAUCCAACCCCUCUUGUCGAGAUUCACCGGGGUCGUUCGGUGCAAGCGGUCCUUCACUGCGAGCUUGAUGCACUGCCGCCAAGAUUGGGCAGUUCAUAAUCUCAUCAGUUGUGUGGCCUUCCAGGAGUCCGUAAUGCUCCUCUCGGAACCGUGCAUCCAGUUCCACAGAUCGCUACAAAGUUGACGCUAAGGAAGGAUUGGAUGCUACAGUACGUCAUCAUGAUGCACCUCGACAAAAGAACGUCAAAUGGGGUGGCUACAUGCACCCGAAGCAUGUGCGCCGCGACGUUGGCCGCUUGUUGGCGUCCCUCUUUGUUCAGUGGAAUGUCCGAGUGGCCCUGCCACCGCCGGUCCACGUUCCACGCCGUCACGCCAUGACGAAUCAACCACACUUCGACCAUGGCCUUCAAUACGUUUUAUACGCCUUUUCGGAU